AUGCCUCCGCGUCGUUCCCACAAAAAGUCGAGGGCAGGUUGCCGCCGUUGCAAGUCGAGGAAGAUCAAGUGCGAUGAGGUGCAUCCUCGAUGCGGCAACUGCGUCAAGCACGGCGUCCCCUGCGACUUUGAACAUCCCGAAAUCAUCCCCGAGCUUCAAGCUGCCCAAACUGCCUCCGUAUCGAGUCCGUCGACCGCCGCCGGAACCCCUUAUACUCCGGCAUAUUCUCCCGGCGCCGAGUCCGUAUCGAAUGCGUCGACAUCGCGCUUCCAACGAGCACCGCCCUUGUGCCGCUCACCACCCUCCCAAGCUCUCUCGACAACCACUCCGGUCGCCCACCGAAUGCUCGAGUUGAGAUUGAUGCAUCACUACACCGCCAUGACAUGCAAGACUUUUACCUUCACCGCCCCCACCACGGAGCACAUAUGGAAGAUUACCGUGCCAGGCAUGGCUUUUUCGGGCUCUCAACACCUCACAGAUGCCAUUCUCGCCGUCGCCGCCCUUCAUCUGCGAAGUCAAUCCCCAAACGACAAAGACCUAGUCCGCGCUUCGCACGCAUACAUGGCGGCCUCUCUGGCCGAAUACAGCGCAACACUUACCAAGGGCAUCGACAGUACCAACGCCGAAUCCCUCUUCCUAACCGCCUCCCUCAUCGCUUUCCAAUCAACAGCCACCCGCGUCUUCAUGAAAGACGAAUUGAACCUCGCUCAAGCAACCGGGAAGUACACCGAGGAUUUCAACAAGCAAGGCCGAUAUUCAGCAGCUGGGUGCUACUCGAUCCCCUUCUCGUGGUUCCACUCCUUCCAGGGCGUCAAAGCUGUCACCGCCGCCUCCUGGCAAUGGCUACGCACCAGUCCCGUAGUAACAGAGGUGAUCAACUCCCAAGUCGUCUUGCAACUCGACCUGGGGCUUAACCGUCCUACCUUCUUCGGCCAUCUUCUAGAUGAUUUGAGUGAAGAGUUGGAAGAAAUGGCCAACCCCUCAGGACCAGCAUCAUUACACCCCGAUUCACCCGGACAACCCUUUCAACAGCGCCGAGUACCUGCUUCCCCAGAACUGGUGACCAGCACUCGCCAAGCAUACCAGCAUGCCGUCGCCGUGCUCAACUGGGCGCAUAAAAUCCCCCAUAAAGGCGCGCCGCUAGCGUUUCCAGCAACUGUAUCCAAGCGCUUCAUCGAAUUGCUAGAAGAGCGCCGCCCGCGGGCCCUUGCUAUUCUCGCAUGUUUCUUCGCCCUUCUCAAGUCCCUCGACUCAGUAUGGUGGCUGCACGGCAUGGCCCGCCGAGAAGUGUUGGGCGUGGUGUCUCUCUUCAACAGUGACUAUUUUGGCCCAGAGGCCUACAGCAAAUGGUGGCCGCACCUGGAAUGGGCGAUGCGGAUUGCGCUGUACGAAACGCCGGACGGCAGCUCGACGAUACCCCCUGAGGUGUGGGGGGCAGAUUGGUACGCGGAGGAACAGGCGCUGGAGGGUCAGGGUGGACAUAGCUAUUACCGGCAUAUUGAGUUGCUGUGCCAGACGGGGAACUCGACGAGAAGCAUUCCUGAGGUUCCCUGAGUAAACAGCCAUUGAUAAGAACGUGACACAACCAAAGGUGACGGACGGUAUGAAGACCAAAGCGAGGAGGCAAAACCCCGAGAACAAG